ACAUGACUUUUUGCUGAUGUAUCUCUCCAUGUGCGUUUUGUUAUUCUCCGGCACGCUAAGAAAAUUAAAUCCGCAUCGUAAACUGUUAAUGAAUUCAAUUAGUACAAAGUCAUUUUGAGUUGUUAUCGGUGAUAAAUUGGAUAAAAAUGUUGAAUCCAAAUCGUGAUGAAACCUCCAACAAACGUAAACAAGAGUCAACAAAAAGUGCCGCAAAGAAAUUCAAAUCGAAUAAGUACAAGUCGGUCACACAGGAAGAGCUAAACCAGCUGCAAGAAUCAAAAGUUGAUUUAUCGGAAAAUGUGCUGGCGUUGCAAAUUGACAAUAUUUUGAAAUCUUUCAAAGUUUCGCCAAAGUACGAAAAUUUCAUCCAACAAUGGGUGGCAAGUCUAACCGAAUUAAUCGGUUCGUUGCCGUCAGAGAACGAGAAGAAACAAUGGUCAGACAUCAAAUGGCUUAACCGGAAAGUGAUGCUCCCGUUGAGUAACGAGCAAUUUCAUUUGCCGAAAUUUUCUUUCCAAUUUUUAACACCGAAAUCCGUACGUGUGACCGGAUCGAAACUAUUCUCCACAUUACUGUCGGAUAACAUCAGUGUUGACAUUGCUGUGGAAAUUCCGAAAAAGUGUUUUCAGAAGGAAGACUAUCUGAACACCAUCUACCAUCAGAAGAAGGCCAUCUAUUUGAGCUACCUCGCUCUAAAGCUUGGCAAAUGGGACCAACAAACAAAUCUCCAAUUCAUGUACGAUCGCCUUGAUGUUCUCCGUCCGGUUCUACGGAUAACAGCCUCUUCCGACUUGAAAAAGCCAAUCAUUUUCAACAUUCAUGUGCAUGCAGAAGAAGGAUCGUUCAAGAUGUCACGAUUCGUACCCUGGAACAGUAACAUUCGCGACGCGUUGUUUGAUGGCUCAGAAGGUGAAACCGGUGAACUUGUUCAAACGCCCCAUCACAACAUGAGCAUAAUGAGAGAUUUGACAUCGUUGGCCAACGAUAAUUUCUUGACGGAAACACUUGGAACCUGUGUCAAUGUGGCGAAAGGAAUUGCCCUGUUCAAAUUGUGGCUGAGGACACGAUGCUUGAAUGAAGAUUUUUGCGGAUUCAGCGGACCGAUCGUCUCCAUGUUUGCUGCAUAUUUACUCAAGACACGGAAGCUGAACUCGUCGAUGAGUGUGUUCGAUGUGAUUCGAAGCAUUUUCUUGAACUUAAAAUUCAGCAAAUGGCAUUCGAAAGGAAUCGCCAUACAGGAGACAAUGAUUCCGCUGGACAAAUCGAAUGAAAUUUUUGAUGUUGUUUUCUAUGAUUCCACUGGCUGGUACAACGUAUGCGCCAACCUGUCGCUGGACAUUUAUCUGCGAACGAUUGAAGAAAGUUCCAGGGCAUUGGCUUUUCUCGAUGCAAAAAUUGUGAACAACUUCCGGUAUUUGUUCCUGUCGGACAUGAAUCCACACUUUCAAUUUGAUCAUCUGUUUCACAUAACGGAAACGGCAAAUCUUGACGAGAUAUUGAAUGACCAUGGAAGCAAAAUCGAUCGAAAUGACUAUGCUGGCCAAUGGUAUCCGCAUAUCUUGAAAUUAUUCGCUAGCGUUCUGCGCAAAGGACUCGACAAUCGCAUUCAUUCGAUGACUCCAUUGCCCACCAAAUGUUCUCCAUGGAGCGUAACUGAAGCUCAUCCGAAGAUCGUCAAAACUUUGACAUUUGGAUUCAAACUGAACAUCGAAAAUUGUUUGGAAGUGCUGAUCAAAGGACCACAAGCGAAUCAAAGUGAUGCCGAAAGCUUCAAACUAUUUUGGGGAAAUAAGUCAGACCUGCGCCGAUUCCAAGACGGCAACAUCACAGAGACAUGUGUGUGGGCCAAUCCGUACGAUAAUUUGAUGAAAAAGCGCCUGAUUACUCGGGACAUUUGCCUGUAUCUGAUGAACCAUCACUACAACAUCAAAUCGUCGCACAUGAAUUAUGUUGCCGGGCAAUUCGAUUUGGCUUAUCGAGUGUCUAACUCAUACUCAAAGACUGUCGACGACAGCGAAAACUCGGAGAACCUUGCAUUGGCCGUUAUAAGGAGUUUCGAUGAUUUGGCCAAGAAGUUACGAUCGCUGGACGUUGAAUUGGAUGUGAAUUCAGUGUUGGGUUCAUCUGCCAUCUUCCGGUAUUGUGAAAUCAAUCCCGUUCUCAACAACGCCACAAUGUUCGAAAGGGACAACAUGAAAGUAUUUCAAUCGUACAGAACGAACAGCGGAGUCAUCGAAUUGUCUGCUAGUGGUAAAUGGCCAGACGAUGUGGUGGCGCUCAAUCAUGUGAAAGCGGCGUUUUGUGUAAAAAUUGCCCAACAGUUGACGGAAAAAUGUCAAUUACAAUCGAGAGGGAAUGUGGACAGUGUGGAAGUCAUUAAAGAUGGGUUCCACUUCCGCUUGAAAUUGUUGGUGAAGAAGGAGCUUGCUCUCCUCAAAGAAAUUCCAAGUAAAAAAAGUGAAGUUCAACAAAUGGAAAUGGACUUUCUGAUGCCGAAACUGAACACAGCGCUACACACAUUAUAUUUAAAUAACACAUGCUUCGGGCCGGCCGUUCUGAUCGCUAAACGUUGGCUGUACUCGCAAUUGUUGGACCCAUUCUUAUGGCCAGAUAUAUGCACCGAAUUGCUGAUGGCUUAUGUGUUCAUGGAAAAUAAAUCAUUCGAUCAGCCUAUUCAACCGCAAAUGGCAUUUCUGAGGCUGUUGGAAUUGUUCCGUUCGACGGAUUGGCGUUCGCAUCUUUUCAUAUUGGAUUUCAGUGAAGAGUUAACAGACUCACAAAUUACCGAAAUGGAAAAUCGUUUCAUAUCCGACCGACAUUCGCAUCCACCGCUGUCGAUCAUAACUUCGUACGAUACAAAGAAGAAUUCGAUGUGGUCGAAAUCGGCACCGAAUGUUGAGAUCCUGUCACGCGUAGUCGUCCUUGCAGGUCAUACAAUUCAAUUGUUCGAAGAGAAUCUAUUGAGCAACGUAUUCAGAACGAAGCUUUUCUUUAAACCGUCCUACGAGGGCUAUGAUGUGCUGCUACAGCUUCGAAAGAAUCACCUACGAACCAAUCACGUCUACGAUUUCUUUAAAAAUUUCAAAAAGCAGCUUGCUGACGACACUGUCCCGGCAGCCGGCUUCAAUCCAGUCGAAUAUUUUUUGCGUGAUUUGAGGAACGCAUACAGCGACUUAGCCAUAUUCUUCUACAAUCCGUGUGGUGGAGACACAAUUGCUGUACUAUGGAAACCGACCAUUCACGAAGCAAUUGAAUUCGAUGCGAAUAAUAUAAACGGACGAAAGCACAGCGGGCGUCAAAGUUACGAAUACAAUUUGCCGCAAUUGAUAGAAGAUUUCCGGAUAAUUGGUCGAGGUUUGGUUGAAAAUGUUAUAGAAUGUCAAUAAAUGCGUACGAAUAGAGGUGCA